UAGGCCUUCGAGUAAUACCGUACGGUUUCUCUAGAUCAAAGCGCGUCAGCUAGAGCCCGGGAUAACAAAGCAGCGGAAGAACAAUGAGUUCCUCCUCCACAGCUCUACGAGAACUGCAGCAGGACCUCGAAAACAAAGCCAACGAUCUUAGCAAGCUCCAGAAAGAUAUAGCCAAGAACCAUCAAGUCAGGAAGAAGUACACUAUUCAGUUAGGAGAGAACGAGCUAGUCCUCAAGGAGUUGGAUUUAUUAAACGAGGAUGCAAAUGUGUACAAGUUGAUAGGUCCAGUGCUUGUGAAACAAGAUUUAGCGGAGGCUAACGCCAACGUUCGUAAGAGAAUUGAGUACAUCUCUGCUGAAUUGAAGCGACUUGAUGGAUCUCUUCAAGAUUUGGAAGAGAAACAACACAGCAAGAGAGAAGCGAUAUUGAAGGUGCAGCAGAGGAUUCAAUCUCAUCAAGCUGGAAAAGCCAAGGCUUAGCCCAUCUUCAUAUGUUUUGCCUUGGUGAAAACUAUCAUUCUAGUGGCAUGAUAUUCUAUGACCCAUAGUUGUAAAUUGCCUUGGUUGGAGCUGUAAUCCAGUGUUCUUGAACCAUAGUUGUAAAAGUUACACUGUGUGGUUGCCUUUUUAACUAUGAUCCUUAACAGUCAUGGCAAGAUCAGAAGCUGUUCUAAGCAAUGCAUUUUCUGCCUUAUUGGUUUGAA